UUAAAAUAGACAAACUCCGUUGCGUCCGGAAAAUUACUGCAAAAAAGUCAACAACAGUCUUAAUCUUUGUGGAGCAAGUAAUUUGUUUUGAAAAAAGCUAUAUUUUUUGAAGGAAUUGGACUUUUGGUUUAAAUAUUAGAUUUUUAACCACCAAUUUAAACGGUGUAUAUCUAAGAGCAUGGCUUAUCAGAGAACAGAAUACGCAGAUAAAACUUUGUCCAUGAACUCGCUAGCCGAUCGCAGACUGAAGCUCAAACUUGGAUCUAUCGAAUCCCACAAGGGAACUAUCGAAAAAGAACUGAAAAGAGAAAAGAAAAAGGUGGAAAGAGAAUUAGGUGUUGAAGAUCAGCUGCGAAAUCGUCUCACUGUUACUGACAUUAGUGGGGAUUCAAGCCGAAGCUUAAGUCCACGACUUCCUCGUCGUUACAGUACACCGCCUGAAUUACUAUCUGCAAGUUUACCACUUCCAGUCACCGACCCCAGGCGAUCUCCCGUUGCCACUCGAAGGAGAUUCGGAUCCGAAGGCAUGAAUGAGCCUUUAAGCUAUGAUUCUAGUGGUAAUAACGCUUUAUUAUCACCGACUUCAAUGUUUCUUAAAGCUCCUUUCGAUCAGCCAAGACGGCAGUCGCUGCCUCCUAUUGGAGACGGUGGGCUCUUGAGCGCAGAAAGUGGGCAUAGACGCGAUCGAAGAGGUAGCUAUGGCGGUGCAAUGAAAAGCCCUAUUCUUACGCCAAGUCCUAAUAUAUCUGGCGCCUCAACGCCUAGAAGAGUACUCUCACGAAACAAUAGCUCGUUGAACGAAGCUCAAAUGAACGAAAUUACUGCUAAAGUGAGCAAAUUUUUACAGAAGAUGGACAAUAAAAGCCAAGAAGAAACCAAAGCCGGCAAAGAACCACAAGAAAGAGCUUCCGAACGAACUGAAAAACAAACUGAAAAUAGUUUUGAUUCGUGUCACCAAGAUUCUUUUUCACUACCUGCAAAAUCUUCCUCACAAGUUGGAACAUUUCAGCCUUUAAACUUUGAGUAAUUGGAAAACUAAUAUGUUUACAUCUAAGACUACUGAUUAGAGGAAUUGUAAGUCAGAUAAUCAUGUGUGUACAACUUGAAUUCAUGCGCUGCUGAAUGGACGGAGAAUCAUAAGCUUGACUCAAAAUUGUUAUUUAUCAGCUGUCAGGAAAAAAAAUAUAUUGCUAAAAACGGCCAAUAUAAAAUACAAUGCAGCCAAAGCUCAUUCUAUUAGUGUUUCCAGGAAAGAACGUAUUGAUAUAGAAAUGCUAAUUAAAGAAAUUGAAAAUCACUAACGGAAUUACGACCUAAUAGAGUACAGAUUAUUCUAGGAUGAAUAUAAAUAGCUAUUAAGAUCAAGUUAAAGCAAAAUGUUAGUAAAACUAUAAAUUUUUGUAAAUUUGAAGUUUUGGUGAAUUAAUACGCGGUUGUUUUUUUAGCCUAGGAUAACAUUAGAUAAAAUCUUGAUCAAUCAUAUAGCUUUUAACUUUAAGCGAAAGCCAAGAAUAUAUGGCUCUGACUUAUAUUCUCUACAUUAUUGGUAACCGAGCUGAUGACCAAUUAAUUCUGGAAUAUUGUUUUCUAAUCAUGAUGUAUUAGAGUCUAGUUUUGUAAAAUAGAUAAUACAAACUACGUCGGGUAGAGUAACAAAGUUUUCUAAGUGUUUCUUCUUCACUUUCAGUUUUUUCUUAUUUGCUUCGGCUGUUGAUAAUGACGGGAAUGGCAAGUAAGCAAUGACAAAUGAUAUCGAUCGAGUUAGUGAUCGAAUGAAUGAACGAAUGAAUGAAUAAGAGGAAGAGAAAGGUCAGGACAGAAAGAAAGGUACUUAAGAUGGCAUAAAUCAGCUCUUUAUGGUGCCUGACGACUCAAGGUCAGCCUCGCUUUCACGCAAAAUUUAAGAUGGCGGCGAUAUCUUUGAAGAGGCUUAUUGACUGCGUAUUGAAUAAUUUUUCUUGGUUCAAUGCAACAAAUCAUUAAAGUGCUUAUAAGCCUUUACACAACA